UUAGGUCCAGGGGAUGUUCAAAGACUUUUACGCUUGAUAUGUGCUGAGAAAGAAGAAAAAUUUCAGUUGUAUGAGAUGUACAGUCAGCGUGUUCAGCUAAUGCUUAGGUCUUAAGUUGGCCAAUAUUUGAGCCACCAGCACCCGAAGCCAGAGUCUGUUUUAGAGCCACUGGAUCCUGCAGGUGAUGUGUGGGGCUGGGGGUUGAUCUCUUUCUGGACCUUCUCUGCUUCAAUUUGUGUCUACAUGUGUAGGGGGUCCCGCUGUGCCCCUACCCUCUGUCAACCCCCCCAUACCCACUGCCACCACGGCCGGCCUCCCCAGUCACUUUGUUGCCAUGCCAACAGAGACAUUGACUCCAGCCCUGCCAGAUAGCAAGGCACCUGGUCCAACAGCACCCUUCAGUUCCACCGUACCACUCCGCAUCCUCAACAAGGGCCCCGAGUACUUCAGGAGACAGGUUGAACCAAACCCAAAGCGCCUCAGUGCAGUUGAAAGACUAGAAGCUGACAAGGCCAAGUAUGUGAAGAGCCAGGAAGUCAUCAAUGCCAAACAGGAACCAAUCAAGCCACCUGUGUUGGCCAAGCCUUGUCAUAAUCUAUCAUCCAAGAGAGGCUCUGGGAUUGGUGGAGGAGGAAAUGCAGGUGGCCUUCCUUUCAAAGCAUCCAACAACAAUGCAAAGUCCGACACAUGCCCCACAACCAGCAGUGGGAGCAGCAAGUGGGAAAAUUUAAACCUGGAGAUCCUCAAAAAUCUGCUCAACUCAUCUUCGUCUUCAGGGGCAGAAGGACGAGGAGGCGAAGCCAAGAGUGCUGUGCUGCUGAGGUCAACAGGAGGCCUGGCUCGGAGCUGGAUGCCGUCAGGGACACCGUUAACCUACCGAUCUACAAUGGCACUCAAUGAACCCCCGCCAGACUCUGCCCUGAGCCUGAGCACCUCACAUUCCCUCCGGUCCUUCUCCCGCUCACUGAAAGUUCCUCCCAUCAGCAGCACAGGCCGUCGCAGUCCCCAGCAGGGAGGAAACCUUAACCUCAGCAGACGAGUCCUGGAAGACAGAGGAGGAGGUGAACAGCGACUUAUCGAUCGUUCCCGCUCCCCGCUGCCGCCACUGCUGACCUCCCACUCCUCCUCUGAUCUCCUUCGACUGUGCAAUGGCAAGCCACUCCGCACCGCCCGAUCCAGCAGCUCCUCCGCACCUCCCUUGCCCCCCAAACCCAACCCUGCUUCUCUUCCACCUCCGGCAUUGUCCUUGUCAUUGCCUCCUCCUCAGCCGACUCUGUCCCCCUCACCCUGUGACAAUACUGCCCUGCAGUCACUACCUUGUGACCCCUCCAGUUCCUCCAAGGAUCCAAACCUAGAGCUGGACCUCGGCUCAUCUGUUGCUCGACGGGCUUCGUUACACAGAUCAAAGUCGGAUCUGUCUGACCGGUAUGCCCGAGCUGGAGCUGAUGUGGAACGAUUCUUUAACUACUGCGGCCUGGACCCUGAGGAGUUGGAGGCGGUCGGUCCAGAGAACUUUGCUCGGGCAAAUUCUGACAUUGUCAGCCUCAACUUUAGGUCAGCAUCCAUGAUUUCGUCUGACUGUGAUCGGUCCCACCGGUCUACUAAUGAUGGGCUGUCAGAUGCAGACGAGGGCGAUGACGAGGAGGAAGCUGAGGACCGUGUUCCUUAUGGAAUCUCAGCUGUGGAGCGUAACGCAAGAGUCAUCAAGUGGCUGUACAGCAUCAAACAGGCACGGGAGACACAGAAGGUUUCCCACGUCUAGAAGCACCACCACCAGCAGACCUGGACGCCCCUGCGUCGCAAAAGAAAAUGUGAACUGAAAAGUGGACAGUCUGUGUGUUAAUAAGUGAAAAGACGCUGCAGAAUUUAGAAAGGUGA